GCCGAGAAAACAAACACCUGAUAGGUUGUCCGUAUUUUUUUAUUCUCUCUAAUUCUCAUCAAGCACUUUGCACCGGGUACCAACAUUUUCUUUCCCAUUUCUGCACUUGCAUCACACAACAGUGCGACUGUUGAUCUAGAUGGACUGUGCACUAUGGGGCAGCGGGGAUUCCGACGGUUACAACGUAUCUUUGGAGGAGUGGAACCCAAGAACUACCAUCCAUGCUGCCUGCAUGUGUCUGUCUCCGUCCAUCUAGUCCUUGACCAUGCGGGACCACCCCCAUAUUACAUACUCGUAUCAGACCCAGGGAUGCUCGCCUCCUCCGUCUUUAGGUUGGGUCCUUCCUUAUUGAAGCCAUGCCGGCCGGCCGUGGUACGGGAUAAGGACCACAUGGUUGGAGAUUGGAGACAGUCAACCAAGCUUCCUGGGCCUAUAUAAGCCUUGCCUACCUGCAUGAGACACUGCUCCCAAGCUCUUGCCCUUUUCCGAUCUACGCGCGCCACAAGACUGCUGUCUUCCCUUGCACACCUGUCUAUCUUUUAAUAGAGGAGACACAAUCCAGAAGUCAAGAAGCAAGCACAACAGGUUGCUCAACCACCCACCCACCAUGAGCAACACCGGCACUCUCAACGCCGAGGCCGUGGCCAAAGCCCAUGUGCCCGAGGCUGCCAUCCAGGGAACUGAGAAGGAGAUCAUGGCCGGCCGCGGCUCAAUGGACGUGAGCCGCGUCAAGUCGCACUCGCGCCCAGCCACCGCCCAACAAGAUGCCAUCGCCGACACCUCGGACGACGAGUCGUACGCCGACAAGCCCACCGAGGAGGAGCUCCAGACUCUUCGUCGCGUUUCUGGCAAGAUUAAGUGGUCUCUCUACACCAUCGCCUUUGCCGAGCUGUGCGAGCGUUUCUCGUACUACGGAUCUGCCGUCCUUUACACCAACUUUGUUGUCAAGAAGUUGCCUGAUGGCCACCCCACUGGUGCCAACCCGGAUCCGAACGGUACCACUGGAGCUCUCGGCAGGGGCCCGGCUGUUGGACAGGCAGUCUCGCUGCUCAACCAGUUCCUUGCCUACAUCUUCCCCCUGGUCGGCGCCUACGUCGCCGACGCACGUCUCGGCCGUUACGUCACUAUCCACAUCGCCAUCGGUGUCUCUACCAUUGCUCACGCUAUCCUGACCGCCGCCUCUGCCCCUGAAGUUCUCAAGAACCCUGACACCUCCUUCGGCGUCUUUUUCCUCGGUCUCCUCUGCCUCUGCAUCGGUACCGGUUUCUUCAAGGCCAACAUCUCGCCCCUGCUUGCCGAGCAGAACGAGGACACUCGCCACCGUGUUGAGACCUUGCCGUCGGGCGAGCGUGUCAUCGUCGACCCGGCCAUCACCAACACCCGUAUCUUCUUGUGGUUCUACUUUGCUAUCAAUAUUGGUGCUGUCACUGGACAGAUCUCCAUGGUCUUUGUUGCCAAGCACUACGGCUUCUGGCUGGCUUUCCUCUUGCCCACAGUCCUGUUCCUUCUGGCCCCGCUGAUCCUGUGGACCAACAAGAAGAACUACCGCCUUACUCCGCCUACCGGAUCCGUUCUGUCCAAGUUCCUCAAGCUUUGGAUGUUCUGCAUCAAGCGCCAGGGUCUGUUCAAGGUCAGCCUCGAUGCCGGUAAGCCCUCCAACGUCCCCGUUGAGGAGCGCCCAGCAUGGAUGACCUACGACGAUGCCUGGGUUGAUGAGGUCAGGCGUGGUCUCUUGGCCUGCAAGGUCUUCCUCUUCCUGCCCAUCUUCCACCUGGCAUACAACCAGAUGACCAACAACCUGACCACCCAGGCCAGCACCAUGGUCCUCAACGGCGCUCCCAACGAUCUGAUCCAGAACUUGAACCCUAUCUCUAUCGUCAUCAUGGUUCCCAUCUUUGACAAGUUCCUCUACCCCGGCCUGCGCAAGAUCGGCUUCAACUUCACUCCCAUCAAGCGUAUGACCUGCGGUUUCUUCUUCGGCGCCUUCUCCAUGGUCGCUGCCGCCGUCAUGCAGCACUACAUCUACACCAUGUCGCCCUGCGGCAUGUUCGCCACCUCGGACUGUGAGGCGGGACCUGCGCCAAUCAACGUCUGGGCUCAGUGCCUGCCUUACAUUCUCGUCGGUAUCUCGGAGAUCUUUACCAACGUCACCUCGUACGAGUACGCUUUCUCCAAGGCCCCUGAGAACAUGAAGUCGCUUGUCAUGUCGGUCAACCUGUUCAUGUCGGCAUUUGCCUCGGCUCUUGGUUUCGCCUGGGUUCCCCUCUCUGAGGACCCCCUCCUUGUCUGGAACUACGCCUCGAUUGCCAUCAUCGCCUUCAUUGGUGGUCUCGCAUUCUGGUUCUGCUUCAAGCACCUCGACUCGCAGGAGGACCAGCUCAACGCCCUCAAGAAGACCAAGUAUGUGGGCAAGAACCAGCCUACCGCUGCCGAGCAGCAGAAGCUGGGUGCUCCCGCUUACGACGAGAACCCCAAGGUCUAAAUGCACCUACGUGGGGGAUGUAAUGUGUCUGGUUUUAUCAUCAUUUAAUCGCGUAUACCAUUUGUGUUCGGAGCGCUCGCUGAAGGCGUGUUAUGUGUGGGCUUAGGGUUUCUAAUGUCAUGGUUAUGAAACGAACUGAUAGUUGCGCAUUUUGAGCAAUGCGAAAAAAAAUAUUAUUUAUAUAUAUACAAAUCUCGAAGUCAAGUCUUUGAUACGUGCCA